AUGGAGGCAGCAGCCGCACCCGACCACCCCAUCGCCUCCUUUCUCGUCGGGGCAUGCGGCGUCAUAUACUUUACCGCCUGGUCGUACUCCUUCUACCCUCAGAUCAUCCUCAACUUUCAGCGCAAGAGGUCUGACGGCCUCUCGCCCGACUUUGUCUGGGUCAAUCCUAUCGGGUUUCUGGCCCUCAGUCUCUGGACAUGGGGCGCUUACUUUUCGCCCAUUGCUCGGCGGCAGUACCAAGAACGACACAACGGGCACCUCCCUCAAGUGUCUGCCUCGGACCUUGCAUUCUCUCUUCAUGCUUUGGUCAUUACGAUUGUGACGGCAGGGCAAGUUGUAUGGUAUGCUCACGUACGCAAGCGGGCUCGGCGCGCAUCAGUUGGCGAUGAGGCUGCUCCCCUCGUCCGAAACGAGCACACCGGUUCAAACAACUCUAUCAGCCAGACUGCCGACAACCUCCUCACCCCUCACUCCUCCAUACGGCCUUCACCCAUCUCCCAGCUCUUCCUGAGCGUCCUCACAGUGUCUUCAUUCAUCUACGCUAUAGUCGUGUGGACCGGCCGAGCCCACUUCUUGGACUGGCUCUACUUUGUGGGCAAUGAGAAGCUGGUGAUAUCGGCGAUCAAGUAUGUUCCACAAGUGGUGCUUAAUCAUCGGUUGAGGGCCAUGGAAGGGUUUGCUGUGGGCGUUGUCAUCGGGGACAUUGUCGGCUCAGUGUUCAGCUUCUCCCAGCUUGUGAUCUCCUCCGUGUGGAUUGAUAACGAUCCUUCAGGGAUCAUUGCCAACCCCGCAAAGCUCGGUCUAGCGGGCUUGUCGUUUGUCUUUGAUAUCAUCUUCAUUCUCCAAAAGUACUAUCUGUACAGGAAAAGGAGGACGGUCGAGGAGAGCGCUUAG